CCAUGGCUUACUUUUACCGAGUGGAGGGCUGCCUACGGCGAUCUCAUAUAUUGCAGCGUACUUGGCCAAGACAUGCUGAUCGUCAACUCAGAGAAGGUCGCUGAUAACUUGAUGGAUAAACGCUCUCUCAACUACUCUGACAGAAUGGACAUGUCAAAGAUGUUGAAACCGUAUGGUCUUGAUUUCGACACAGCUCUUAUUCAACACGACGUUACGUGGCGCGGACAUCGGCGCGUUCUUCAGCAAACAUUGCGUCCUGAAGUGAUUGGCGUAUACCAAUCAACGCAGCUCCGCUGUGCAGUCGAUUUACUACAAAACUUGACAUGUACACCUGCGUCUUGGUGGAAGCAUCUUCGAACGUUUUCUGCUGCGGUCAUUUUGGGGGCGACUUACGACCACGAGCUGUCUAAGGAUCCUGAGAACGACCACAUACUCCGAGCUGUUGUGGACGGAAUGGAACUUGCGCUUGAACUUUCCUCAGCGGGUCCCAUCGCGCUGAUAUCAGCGCUCCCGAUAUUGAAAUACCUGCCAACGUGGAUUCCCGGGCCCCGGUGGGCCAACGCUGCUAACUGCAAGCGAUUAAUGGAUGAGAUGAUAAAUGCACCCUUUGAGGAGCUACUGAAGAAGAUGGCAGCUGGGGAAGCGGGGCAUUGUGUUGUAGCCGACGCGUUGGAAAAAUUUAAGGACACAACUAAAGUAGAAAAUAUUGAACGAUCUAUAAGAAACUCCUGCGGAACAGCAUAUGCUGCCGGGGAAGAAACGACCGGCUCGACUCUAAUCGUGUUCACGUUGGCCAUGGUGCUUUACCCGAGCGUCCAGAAGCGAGCUCAGGCUGAAAUAGAUAGGAUCGUAGGCGCCGAUCGUCUUCCGGAUCUUAAUGACAGGCCUUCUUUGCCUUAUGUUGAGGCGGUGUUUCGUGAGACGCUGAGGUGGAAGCCAGUUGUUCCGCUAGCUAUUCCUCAUGCCGCCGCAAACGAGGAUAUCUAUGACGGUUAUCUCAUUCCCAAAGGAACUGUUAUCUUGCCUAAUCUAUGGGCGAUGUCUCGUGACUCUACCAAAUAUCCUUUCCCUGACGUCUUUGACCCGGAACGUUUCCUUGAUGCGGAUGAGAACAUAACAGGAGAUACGCCGAACUUUGCGUUUGGCUUCGGUCGACGCAUCUGUCCUGGCAGGCAUUUAGCGAGCGGAUCAGUGUGGAUUGCUAUGGCACAAAUCCUGGCAUCGUUUUCCAUUGAAAAAGCCAAGGACACGUCAGGGAAUACAGUCGAGCCAAAUCCUGAGUGGGCAACAGGUGCUACCUCGUACCCGUUACAGUUCCCCUGCAAUUUUGUUCCCAGACGGCUUUAGACCCGCAUCCACAAGGUACAUCCACAUUGUGCGUGGCCAAUCCGUAGACGUGAAUCAAAACAUCAUCCUUUUGGUACGCUAGUAUUUUAC